AGGAGAGGAAGAGGAGGGAGAGCGGGGUGUCUGAGCAGCUGCAGCCCGCCGCCGCGUGCUCACUUCCUGGUCCUCCUCCUGGUUAGCUCCGCCGUUAGCCCGGAGCUCAGCUGGCCGUCACGAGACAGCGGUAACCAGGUGACGGGAGGGGGGGAUGUCUCGUCACGUGCAUACCGGAGAGUCGGAGGCUCGAGCGCCGCUGCUCACCGGAGAUUACCUGCAGACACACGAGGCGGAUUCAGAGGAAGGUGAAGUUAUUUUCGAGCGGAGCAACUCACUCAGUCGCAGCGUAGACAGAAGGUUAACGUACGAGGAAGCAGUCGAGGAGACGGGGUUUGGUUUGUUCCACUGGCUGCUGCUGGUGGCGUGCGGCUGGGCCAACGCCAGCGACGCCGUGGAGAUCCUGUGUGUGUCGUUCCUGCUGCCGACGGCGCGCUGCGACCUGCUGCUGAGCUCCUCAGACAUGGGCCUGCUCACCGCCAGCAUCUUCCUCGGUAUGAUGGUGGGCGGGUACCUGUGGGGCUACCUGGCUGACCAGAGGGGGCGCCGCAGGGUCCUGGUGGUGUCUCUGGCGGUGAACGGGCUGUUUGGCGGUCUGGCCAGCGCGGCGCCGUGGUUCUGGCUCUUCCUGCUGCUGCGGUUCAUCAGCGGCAUCGGUGUCGGCGGCUCCAUCCCCGUCAUCUUCUCGUACUUCUCAGAGUUUAUGCCUCGGCUGAGGAGAGGAGCCAUGAUCAGCGCGCUCGCCACCUUCUGGAUGGCCGGAAACAUUCUGGCUGCAGGUCUGGCCUGGCUGGUGAUCCCCAGGACCUGGGCCCGGCUCUCCUUGGGUUCGGUCCAGUUCCAGAGCUGGAGGCUGUUUGUGAUUCUCUGCUCGGUGCCCAGUCUCUCCUCGGCUCUCGUCUUCAGGCUGCUGAUGCCUGAGAGCCCAAAGUUCCUCAUGGAGGCCGGUCGGGAGAAAGAGGCGCUGCACGUCUUCAGGAAGAUGUUUGAGCUGAACACGAGGGGCAGAGGGAAACAUUUCCCGGAGUUUGGUCUGUGCACCGGCCCGAGGCAGAGAGAGGAGCAGCAGGAGACCAGGAGCCGGGGGACUCGCUCACACAGACUCUACGGUGUUCUGAAGAAGGCCUCGGUGCCGAUCAGACUGAUGUUUAACGGCUCGCUGAGGUCCAGAAGCUUCGUGCUGCUCGUCGUUUUCUACUGCAUCUCUUUCGGGUACUACGGUCUGUGGAUGUGGUUCCCGGAGCUCUUUGAGCGUAUCGAGGACGGAGGUUCUCCGUGUGCCAACGUUUCUCUGCCGUCUCCUCGUCUCAACCAGAGCUGCUACCCAGUGAAGACAGCAGUUUAUAUGGAAGGUUUCAUCAUCGCUGCAUCAAACCUGCCAGGAAACAUCUUCACCAUCCUGAUGAUGGACAGAACGGGAGGAAAGACUCUGCUCUCCUGCAGCCUGCUGGUGUCCAGUCUGAGCGUCUUCCUGAUCUACGUGGUGCAGACUAAAGCUCAGAGUCUGGUCCUGUCCUGCAUCUUCAGCGGCGUGUCGGUCAUCGCCUGGAACGCUCUGGACGUGGUGGGAACGGAGCUCUACCCCACACAGCUCAGGUCGUCUGCUCUGGGUUUCUUCACCGGAGUGGGCCGAGUGGCCGCCAUCACCGGGAACAUGACCUUUGGGAAGCUGGUGGACAGUAACUGUGCGGUGCCGGUGCUGCUGGUGUCGGCGCUGCUGCUGAGCGGAGGACUGGUCAGUCUGCUGCUGCCACAGACCAAACAGACGGAGCUCACCUGAACACAACACCUUCAGCUAUAGGAGUCAUUCAUAGGAGUCAAUUAUUAGAAAACGUCGUCUUUAUGUCCUCGUGGAAGCAGACAGGACUUUGUUUCUGUUUCUGCUGUCGGAGGAUGUUUGAGUCUCGUGCCUUCUGUCGGCUCUCUGUGCCUUUCUGACGGUGCCUCGUUUAAAACGCCAACAAGAGAAAGUGUCAAAAGAUCAUCUGAAGCUUCAGGUCGUCAUUAUUCAGGAGGGAGAGACGUGCAGGUGUGAGGAUUAAAAUCUGCAGCAGAUGUGAGUCAGAGGAGGAAGGAAACAUUUAAAAAGUCUCUCAAAUCUACAAAAAUCUUCUAUUAUAAGCCAAAUAAUAAGUGCUAAACAUGAAGCUAAGUGUCUGGAGUUUAAUCAGUGCUUGGAGGAUUAUUCACAAAAACGUUGUGUUUUGUCUUAUUAUCAGUUUAGAUGAGAGUUUUGCUUUUAGGUGAAGAUAUGCCUGAAAUAAGAAACACUGCACAUUCCAAAUCUUAGUCAUUUACCAUGUAAAAGCUCUUUUGUGAUCAAUGUUUACAUCUAUGCUUAUUGCUUACAGAUUAGAUUUAUAUUCUAGCAGAUUUUAGAGUUGACUCUGUUGUUUUUUCGUGGAUCGAACCAGUUCAACAUUCCUGUGAAAAACCAAAGAUUGCUAAUUUCAGAUUACAAUCAUUGUUAAUGAAAGAAGAAAAAAGGAGGAGAAGAGGUGCAGACCAAUGAGUCUGUGAAGCGUUCUGACUGAAUCUGUGUGACUACUGAAGUUUUUAAAAUAAUAAACACAACCUUCAUUCA